GCGGCCCCGGGGGCGGGGCGGUGCGCGGGGGCGUAGCCCGCCGAGGCGCCCGCGCGGCGGUGCUGGCGGUCGGCAGCGGCGCAGGAUGGGACGGGACGGGACGGAGCGCGGCGCAGAUAAGGCCACCUGAGUGUGCUGGCAAGAUAUAGAUCAGCUGUCUUCUCAAACGGGUGAACAGGAAGGAUAUUCUCUCCUCCCUUUUUUUUUUUUUUAAUGAUUGUCAUUCAACAACAUAUCUGGGAAACCAUCUUCACACCAUUAAAAAACCAACAACAAGCCCCAUUGAGCCUUGGUCUUUUUGGAUGUGCAGGUUGUGAGCAAUGCCUUUGGUGAAAAGGAACAUUGAACCGAGGCACCUCUGCCGAGCAGCCCUGCCCGAGGGAAUUACCAGCGAGCUGGAAUGUGUAACUAAUAGUACCCUUGCUGCUAUCAUACGCCAGCUAAGCAGCUUAAGCAAACAUGCUGAAGACAUAUUUGGCGAGUUGUUUAAUGAGGCCAACAGCUUCUAUAUCAGGGCAAAUUCUCUUCAAGACAGAAUUGAUCGCCUUGCUGUCAAAGUUACCCAGCUGGAUUCAACAGUAGAGGAGGUAUCAUUACAAGAUAUCAACAUGAAAAAAGCAUUCAAGAGUUCAACGAUUCAAGAUCAGCAGGUAGUUUCGAAGAACAGUAUUCCUAACCCAGUGGCUGAUAUUUAUAAUCAGAGUGACAAACCACCUCCUCUGAAUAUUCUUUCACCUUAUAGGGAUGAUAAGAAAGAUGGAUUGAAGUUUUAUACUGAUCCCUCCUAUUUUUUUGAUCUUUGGAAAGAAAAAAUGUUACAAGACACUGAAGAUAAGCGAAAAGAGAAGAGGAGACAGAAGGAGCAAAAGCGUAUAGAUGGCACCACUCGUGAGGUGAAAAAGGUUAGAAAAGCCAGGAACAGACGCCAGGAGUGGAAUAUGAUGGCAUAUGACAAAGAGCUUAGACCUGACAACAGGUUGUCUCAAAGUGUGUACCAUGGAGCAUCUUCCGAGGGAUCACUGUCCCCAGAUACUAGGUCCCAUGCAUCUGAUGUUACAGAUUAUUCUUAUCCUGCUACUCCGAAUCAUUCCCUUCAUCAGCAGAUAGCAAUGCCUUCAUAUGGAACAGGAGAUGGUCCACAGUAUAUGGGAGUACCCCAAAGCCAUGAGCAUGAAUACAGACCACCUUCUACCACAGUACGACAUGCUACUUUAAACAGACCUCAGCAACCACCUCCACCUCCACCCCAGCCUUCAGAUGGCCAGCAUAGUUCAGUACCUGUGGUACCAGCAGAAUAUGGGAUGCUUCCAGCUCAGAUGGUGGAUUAUUACAAUCCUACAGGUCCUCCUCCCCCUCCCCCUCCCCCUAUGAUUCCUUCAGCACAAACUGCAUUUGUUAGUCCUCUCCAGCUCCCUGUGCCAGCUUCCCAUUCUGGACUGGUGACUGGCUCCACAUAUGCUGCCUCUCAUCCUCCUCCUCCUAGUGGGCUUGUUGUCACGGCUCCUCCUCCUCCUGGCCCACCUCCUCCCCCUCCAGGCCCCCCUGCUGCAGGUUCAUCCCUCUCUUCCUCCCCAAUGCAUGCUCCUCCAGCUGCUGAGGCAAAGCGUCAUGAACCUGCACAGCCACCAAUAAGUGAUGCACGAAGUGAUCUUCUUGCUGCCAUUCGUAUGGGAAUUCAGCUGAAAAAGGUGCAGGAGCAACGCGAGCAAGAAGCAAAGCGAGAACCUGUUGGAAAUGAUGUGGCAACCAUCCUUUCAAGACGCAUUGCUGUGGAAUACAGUGAUUCUGACGAUGACUCAGAAUUUGAUGAGAAUGAUUGGUCAGAUUGAAGCCUAGUACAAGCACAGUGGCAAGGUCAUGAAACACGUGUCUUUAGUGAUCACUUUCUUAGCAAGAUGUAAAGCAGAACGUUGACAUGCAUUAAGGCUAGUGAUUGAAGCAUUAAAAUUGAGUUGGUAUUAUUCAGAAUGCUGUAGCUUAGCAACUCUGGUAAUAAUGAUGUGAUUAUGUUUUUGCAGAUCUGAAACUUGUCUUACUUUCAGUAUUUACCACAUAAUACUUAAGUGCCACUAAAUGUAGCAAAUCAUGUGCUGCAUGCAAAAUAUGCUGCAGUUGUUGCACUGUUACAGAACCAGCAUUUUAUUUUACUUUCCUGGUCUAUAAGGUGUAAAGUAUAUUUUUUUGACUUUGCAUCUUAUCCUUUUAAUUUUGCAAACAACUUAGGUUACUUGUGAAGUGGUCUGGUUGUUAGUCUUUGAGGAGAGUUAACUAUAUGAUUAGAGUGAAGCAUUGAGAUUCAUAAAUAUAUGAUUUUUAGCUUUAUUUUUUUAGAUGCUAAUUAUGCCCACCUUAAAAUACAGUAGAUAGCAACUAAAUAUCUAUUUAGUCUAUUUUUAAUCACAUCUGGGCUUAGCUUUUUAGCUUAGCUUAGCAAACAGGUUUGGAUUUGUAGAAUUUAACCUUUCAUUUUUCCUUAAAAAUGUAGCAGAUGAUGAAGUGUAUGCUUUGAGGACUGAAUCCACAUGAUCCUGUAGUUAAUUUUUUGAGCAGACUGGAAAAGUUUGUAGCAGUAAUAGCUCUUGGUUGCUGGCUGCUUAUUGGGUAGAAUCCUGGGAGGUCUCAGGUAGGUAGUAACAUGUCCAUAUUACAAAUGGAAGUUAAAAUCCCGGUACAGCUUUUCAGUUAUAUGAUGGGGAUCAGCUAGAUUCAAAGACUUCAUGGUAGAUCUGAUUGAAGCCAUACCAUCCUAGCAGUGUAGACAAGUUACCCUGCUAUUACUAAAGAAUGAAACCACAUCAGUACAGUUCUAGCGGUCAGAUACAUCUCACAAGUAUUAAACUUGGUUCUUAUUCCUGUAGGUAUAAAUGUUUGUGAAUAAGUUUUUGACUGAUUUGCGUAUAUAGAAAGUCAUGAAAGAUCAUUUUCAGUUUCCUGUAGCACACUUACUCAAAUUACCAUUACUUUGAAUGUUUUUCUCUCCCAGUACCUCCUGUUUAUGUAAUGUUGGCAGGUAAAACAGUUUAAUGGCUGUUUAGGUACUAUGCCAUAUAUAUAUGUGUGUACACACACACACCCACACACACCCACCCACCUACCCAUAUAUAUAUGUGUGUGUGUAUAUAUAUAUACAUACAUAUAUAUGUGUGUGUGUGUGUGUAUACACACACUCUUUUUUCUCUUUCUCUAGCAAAAGUUGCUGCCAUACAGUCUGCUUUUGCUAUCUCUGUUUUCUUUAAAAAUAACUCAUAAUCUUUUUGCAGUGCAGUAUUAAAAUGUUCCUUUUUUUGUUGACUGUGAGUCAGGCUGCUGCUUUGCCUAAUGAGGCUUUUAAAAAUGUAUUCAUAAGAGAGAAGAGUUCUUUCCUUAUCAGAUUACAGUUUUAAUCUUUGUAACAGAAGUCUGUGUAAUUCCAGGUCUAACAUUUGGUAAAGCUCCUUUGUUCUGUAAGGCUUGUCCAUUUUUAAAAAAUAUAUUAAAUUAAAAAAAAGGAAUGGAAGAUCUAAUCUGUGUUUACACAGUAAACAGUUUUAGUCCUGAGAAUAUAACCAGUCUAAUGCAAUAUUUGCAUGCAAACUAUUGGCUACUUUAUUGCUGUUUAAUCUGCAUAUGUUAUUUCAAUCUAUGACGGUUGUUUUUCUGGUAGUGUAGCAAAAUGCUUACCUCAAUGUUUCUGUUAAAGAUCUGUCAUAUGAAUUGCAACCGAUCUCUGCAUAAUGGUGAGCAACUGCAGCUCUCAUUAAUGAGUGGCAGCUGAAGGUACUCAUCUCCUUUUCAGUUUGAUCUGUUUUUGUCUUUGCCUUAAAAUACAGAGCUAAAUUCUGCUUUAUUUUGUACACUGGAGUCUGAGAUAUGUGUAUCCACAGCAAAGGACAGAAUUUAGGCUAUAGCUUGAUGAUGGCUUUCAUUAAUGUGUGAGGGAUGGUUUGCUUUGGUCAUAAGGAUACUCACACACUGGCUUCCAAAAGGAUUUGUUGGAUAAGUCAGAUAAAAGUGCAACUCAGACUGCAGUGUUACAUCGCUGUAUAGGUGGGGAGAGUACUCUCAGUAUCCUUUUGAUACAUGCUGAAAUGAAAUAUCUCAGCAGAAAAUUCUUUCCAUUCUACUGAAAUUUGAUAUGAUAGAAGAUAUAUUUUAUGAACACAGAGGCUGAGUGUAUCAGAAAUUUUGUAAUCUGCAUUAAUUUUAAAUAAUAAACAUAAAACAAGUGAUAAGUUGUGACCAGGUAAGAUAGUGUAGAUUUUUCAGUCAUAGUAGCCAAUCUGUUUUUCUGAACCUGGAUUGUUGUCAUUUUCCUUUCAGUAUUUUAUCAAUAAAAAUGUGAAUUGAAUUUAGUGAUGUAAACUAACAUUAUUCUAGGACAUUUUAUCAGUUUAAUCUUACUUUGGGUUGUGAAUAAGUAACAAAUAUGAAUAAAAACUCACUUUUGA